ACGCGAUUAGUUCUCAAGACUCAUUGUCACAUAUUUUCUUCUUCUUUUUUUAUUUUUUACAGAUGGCACCCCUUCGACGGAAAAAUCGUAAUUCUCAAUCCCCUUCUAACGCCCCUGGGUCACCAAUACGAACUCCAACACAAUUCCCGCGAUCCCCCAUGAAAUCAACUUCUGCAAUGACACCAAUGAAGUCGCCUUUACGCCAAGUGCGUCCUGCCGGAAUUACGAAAAACCAGAAGGCCACUAUCGUUGAAAACUUGAACUUAGAGAUAACCGAACGCGCCAGAAAGCUCCGUGCACAGUACACCAUGCAAGCUCGCUCAUUAAAGCAGAGGAUCGAAAUGCGAAUUAACAGAGUACCCAAGAAACUCUGGGGUAUGAAGAUGGGAGAUUUACUAGCCCAGCACUCUAACAAAAAUAAGGAGCCGAAGGCAAUAUUACCGAAAUUGGGUCCCAGGGGUGUCAGGGGGUUUGUGGAAGACGUGAAAAGAUUGAGUAAUGAUGGAAAUUGCCAGCCCGAUGUUCCACCAGAACGGCUUAUUGUUCCUAAAAAGAGAGUAGCCAAAAAACCUGUCGGCGCCUCAGCUCGAGAGAAGAUGCCUCCACCUCCUCUUCCAGCGCAUCCUUCCAGCGGGCCUAGCCUCUCUCCCGGAAAACCGAGUCUGCCGCCUUCAUCUUCCCCUGUUCGGUCAUCAUCCCCAGCGCGGCCCCUACCUGCCAAGAAAACGGUUGGACGAACAACCCGCAAAGUUCCUUCGAAUGGCUCAAUUGCUUCAGCGUCAACUCGACCGUCAUCUCGUGCUACAACGCGCUCCUCACUUGAAACAACUGCAACUAGUGCUGGCAGCAGCCAGGAGGUGACGAAAGCUACCAAAAGCUCGCAGGCAAAGGGCAAAGCAGCUUCGACGAUGACGGCAAAUACAGUAAAUACAGCAAAUACAGGGCUAAAGCGGGGCGGUGUUAAGGGAAACCCAAGCUCGGGGAGUUUAAAAGAAAAUAAAGUGGCUGGGGUGAAGGAAAAACCUUCUUCCUCUAAAGUUACCAAGAAAGAAGCGGCAGCACCCACAGGUGGGAGAAUAUUGAGAUCAAGGAAAUAAGCUCGUUUUGGAAAUCUAUGGAGUUUGGAGUCAGGAAGCAAAGGGUUAAGUUUUUAUUCAACUGCCUCAGGGGAUGGGCAUCAUUGCUUUGGGCCAUAGCAAAAAGUCGGAUAUUCCUAGCUACGUUGUUGAAUCUCAGCUGGCGCAGGAUGCCUCCUCUUAUACUUGUCAGUUCCGUUUCUUGGGUCUGCUGCGUGUUUUCUCCUUUUUUACCUUUAUGUUUAUAUUUUAUUCGGUUGUCUGAUGUGUUUUCCCUUUGACUUGGGCAGUUGUAUAGUAGAUGAUACAUAUGAAAUGCUAGUAAGUUGAUUUC